AAUCCCAUGUCUUAAGAUCCAUAAACAAAACAGAAAGGAGUCAACAAUCAACAAACAGACACCAAACACCCCCUUAAAAGUAAACGAGAAAACGAAAAAAAAGACCGCCACAAAUCUCUCUCUCUCUCUCUAGAUCUCGUCGCCGGCGUCGCCAUGAGAUUCGCCGCCUUCUUCUUCGACCGAACUUCGCGCGCUCUCACCAACCGCCCUUUCAUCGUUCUCAUCGCCGCUGCUAGCGGCGGUGGUCUUGUGGCAUACACUGAUGCUAGCUCAAAUCCUCCUGUUGAAUCACCUCAGGUUCCUGCCAGGAAGAAGGUAGUUAUCCUUGGAACUGGUUGGGCUGGCACUAGUUUCCUGAAAAAUCUGGAUAGCUCCUUAUAUGAUGUGCAAGUAGUGUCACCUCGCAAUUAUUUUGCUUUUACACCAUUGCUGCCAAGUGUUACAUGUGGAACAGUUGAAGCACGCAGCAUUGUUGAGCCAAUCCGAAAAAUCAUAAAGAAGAAAGGGGGAGAGGUUAAAUUCUGGGAAGCUGAAUGUUUUAAGAUUGAUCCAGCAAACAAGAAAGUUCAUUGUCGGUCUGAAAUUGGAACAAAUUUAGAUGGCAAUGGAGAAUUUCAGGUUGAGUAUGACUACUUGGUGGUAGCACUCGGAGCCAGAGCAAAUACAUUUAACACCCCUGGUGUCAUGGAGCAUUGUCAUUUUCUGAAGGAAGUAGAGGAUGCCCAGAAAAUUCGAAGGAGUGUCAUGGACUGCUUCGAAAAAGCUAGCCUCCCAAACCUAGAUGAUGAACAAAGGAAGAAGAAUCUUCAUUUUGUUAUUGUUGGUGGUGGUCCAACUGGUGUUGAAUUUGCUGCAGAGCUGCAUGAUUUUGUGACAGAGGAUUUGUCUAAGUUAUAUCCAACAGUUUGCAAAUUAGUGAAGAUAUCAGUUGUUGAGGCUUCAGAACAUAUCUUAACCAUGUUCGAUAAGAGAAUCACAAACUUUGCAGAAGAAAAGUUUGGACGUGAUGGUAUUGAUGUUAAAACAGGAGUUAAGGUGGUGAAAGUGUCUGAUAAUGCCAUACAUAUGAUAAGUAGAUCUACAGGAGAGACUUCUGAACCCUAUGGAAUGGCUGUCUGGUCUACUGGCAUUGGUACCCGUCCGGUCAUAUUGGACUUCAUGAAACAAAUCGGUCAGGCUGAUAGGCGUGUGUUAGCAACUGAUGAAUGGCUAAGAGUCCGUGGAUGCGAUGGGGUGUAUGCUCUUGGAGAUUGUGCCACAAUAAGUCAACGAAAAAUCAUGGAAAAUGUCUCUGAAAUCUUCAAGAUAGCGGACAAGGACAAUUCUGGAACUUUGACUGUGAAAGAGAUCCAUGAUGUCCUAGAUGAUAUUUGCAUAAGAUAUCCUCAGGUGGAGCUCUAUUUGAAGACCAAGCAAAUGAGCAACUUUGUAGAUCUCGUGAAGGAAUCCGAAGGAAAUGCUGCAAAAGAAUCGGUUGAACUAAACAUAGAGGACUUCAAAAAAGCUCUUGCUGAUGUGGAUUCACAGGUCAAGAAUCUUCCUGCAACAGCUCAGGUUGCUGCACAACAAGGAAAUUAUCUAGCUCGAUGCUUUAAUAAAAUGAAAGACAACGAAGAAAAUCCUGAAGGACCUAUCCGGAUUAGAGAAUCGGGUCGUCAUAGAUUUCGCCCCUUUAGGUACAAGCAUUUGGGGCAAUUUGCUCCAUUAGGAGGAGAGCAAACUGCUGCACAACUCCCCGGCGAUUGGAUAUCAAUAGGCCGCAGCAGUCAGUGGCUCUGGUACUCUGUAUAUGCAAGUAAGCAAGUUAGCUGGCGCACAAGGGCCUUAGUGGUCUCGGACUGGAUGAGGCGAUUCAUAUUUGGGAGGGACUCUAGCCGUAUAUAAUCAAAUUCAAAAGCUCAUCCUUCUUUGAGUUGAAACAAACUCGGCUAAAGGUUUUUUCGCCAGCACAUUUGAGUUUUAGUCCCGUGCUUUUAACUUUGUUCAUCUCUACGUUACUUUCCCUUUUCUGUAAUCAGAAAUUUUGCCUUAUGAUUCAUCAUCAUCUCUGAAGCGUUUGUUAUAAAAUUUUUAGCAUUGCUUGUUGUUUGCUGGUUGUAAUAAAAUACGGUGAUGGAUGUAUAUACCUGAGGGCGUCAGGCAUAUAUCACUGUAAGAUCUUGGAUUCAGAUUUUCACACACUAGACUUUGUUUGCAAAAGUCAGAUUGUUUUAUCAUUCCAAAUUGAUUAUUGAGAAAA